AUGGCACAGCCACAAGAAAUCCGCUGGGAGACGGAUGCAUUACUUGUGGUCUUGUUCAUAGGAACAGACCAGAUCGUACGUUUGAACGAGAUACGUGCUGUUGGCGAAAAACCUGCACCAACAACUCCAAGAUCCAACAGGAAUCCAGAUGCCUCUCUACCGUUGACCGAUGUACGACUUGCAGGUGAAGGCACGAGUGACCACAAAAGUUCAAAGACUCUCGUUUGCGGGACAGUCACAUCUCGUCUCAAGUACAAAGCUCAUCGACAAUACUCGAGCCAUGAGCAGCACACUCUUGAAGUCGAGUCGCAUGACAGUGUUACGAAUUUAACGGUGAUAUCGACCUUUGUCACCUAUACUGGAAUUCCGGUUCUGCGCUCUUUCGCCACAUUGCGCAAUGAUGGGAGAGAAGAUAUUAUCCUAACUCAGGCCACGUCGUUAGUAGCAGGAAUACUGACCGACUCCACUCGUGAAUGGUGGCAUGAGUAUGUGGCAGCCACUGCAACGAACACAUGGUUUCGAGAAGCACAGUGGCACGACCAUGAACUUCCCACGAUAGGCUUGGACACGAUCGGCCUCUAUGAGCUAGAACAAGGACAUCUGGCCACUCACGUCAGCUACUCGGUGUCAAACCGUGGAAGUUUCUCCACCGGGGGUAUGUUGCCUAUGGGGAUGCUCAAACGCAAAGAUGGCAAGGACACAUGGCUGUGGCAGGUCGAGAACAAUGGAUCUUGGCGAUGGGAGAUCGGUGAUUUCAACGACGAUAUCUACGUGGCUAUCACAGGGCCGACAAACUACAACCACGGGUGGAAGGAACUUCUUCGACCGGAGCAAAGCUUCACAACUGUCCCAUGUGCCGUUGUGCACGUCUACGACGGUGACGACGCAGCCUUCGCAGCUCUAACAACAUACAGACGCAAGAUACGACGGAAGCACCCAGACAACGAAACACUCCCCAUCAUCUUCAACGACUACAUGAACUGUCUGAUGGGCGAUCCAGACGAAGAGAAAGUCAAAUCACUCAUCAAACCCGCCAUCACCGCUGGCGCCGAAUACUUCGUCAUCGAUGCUGGCUGGUACGCCGACGAGACGGACUGGUGGGACAGCGUGGGCGACUGGGUGCCAUCGCAGCGCCGCUUCCCCUCGGGCUUCAAAUCCCUGAUAGACACCAUCCGCGCCGCAGGUCUGAUCCCAGGCGUGUGGGUCGAGCCCGAAGUCAUCGGCGUGCGCAGUCCGGCCGCAAAAGCACUCCCGGCCGACGCCUUCUUCCAAGAAAACGGCAAACGCGUCAUCGAAAAGAACCGGUACCAGCUCGACUACAGCUCCAGCGCGGUCCGUGCGAGAAUGGACAAGAUCAUUGACCACCUGAUCACGGAGUACGGGAUCGGGUACUUCAAAUUCGACUACAACAUCGACGUGGCGAACGGCACGGACGCGAAUGCAUUCAGCUCGGGCGCGGGCCUGCUGAAGCACAACCGCGCAUAUCUGGACUGGAUCCAGGGCAUCUUCACGCGGCAUCCGGAGCUGGUGAUCGAGACGUGCUCGAGCGGCGGCCAGCGCCUCGACUACGCCAUGCUGGCCGUCCACCCAAUCCAGUCGACCAGCGACCAGCAAGACCCGGUCCGCUACUCGGUCGUCUCCGCCGCCAUCGCCACGGCCGUCACGCCCGAGCAGAGCGCCUCGUGGGCGUAUCCGCAGCCGGAGUGGACCGAUGAGAUCAACGCCCUCACCGUCGUCAACAGCCUCAUGGGCCGCGUGCACCUGAGUGGAGCGCUGCAUAAGCUCAGCGACGCACAGCUCGACCUGGUCCGCCAGGGCAUGGACGUCUACAAGGGCAUCCGGCAUGAUAUCAAAGACACCACGCCGUUCUGGCCGUUGGGCCUCCCGAAGUGGCAUGACGACUGGCUUUCAGUCGGGUUGAAGGCGCCGUCGUGCUCGUACGUGGCAGUGUGGCGGCGAGGAGGCGACACCUCGUGCUCUCUGCCGAUAUCUAGUGUCAAAAAGGGCUCAGACGUCAAGGUCGACUUCUUGUAUCCCUUGGGCUUUGAGAUCGAGACCUCGUGGGAUGCCGAGAAGGGUUCGCUAGAUGUAAAGCUUCCGUCCACGGUUUGUGCGCGCCUGUUGAGACUCACCGAGUAA